AAUAGUAAAAAGUAAACAUAUUUAAAGAGUGCCAGUUGAAACUAUUAAGUUGCCACUUUAAGUUCUAUUACCUUUCUAAGCGUUCAACAUCAAACAAUCAGACCAAGAUGUUUUCACUGCAAGUAUGGCUUUUACUUUCCAUGAUGAUUAUUUUAAAUCAGGCUGUAAUAAUUAACCCGAAGAGACUUCCAAGCAAAGAUAUUGAUAGCAGAUAUAGCUCUGAUAUUAUAUAUCCAGACGCCAAAAAAAAUAUAAGCAAAGAUAUUGAUAGCAGAUACAGCAAUUAUAUUAUAAACCCAGACGCAAAGAGAAAUAUAAUUAAAGGCGAUGAUAGCCGAUACAGCUUAAAUAUUAUUAACCCAAAAGUUGGCAUAAACAUUACUUGCAGUCGCUCACCCUCUAGUAAAAAGAAAAUUUGUUCUAAAGACAAAGACGCAAACAAAAGACCACACAAACAGACUCGCAUACUCGUUCAAAUAUGUGGACACGGUCACAAGUAUAAACACAAGCACACACACAAACAUAAGCACAAGCAUACACACAAACAUAAGAACAAACACACACACAGGCACAAGCACAAAAAUCACAUAGAACCACAGGGACAUAUAAAAUCACAAGGAAACAAACAACUACAGGGACAAAAACAAUCACAGGGACCCACGCGCUCUGAAUGGCAAUCGCAGUAUAUGGAAACCACUGCUCAUUUUUUGGUGAUGGAAAAAUUAUAUAAGACAUUUUGGAAGAAAUCAUAGAUGAAAAUAUGAUUACCCAAAUAUUCAUAAUUUAACCUAAAUAAUAAUAUAAAAAAUGUUCUUUAUUAAUUUAAAAUAUUAUGCAUUAAGUUAAAACCAUGUUGAUCAGUUAACAAUUUUAUCACAUAUCAAUAAACGAAAUUAAAACUUGUUAAUAAAUA